GACGCCUCCUCCUCCUCCGCGGCGGGCUCGGAGCCGGCGGCGAAGCGGCGACAGAGACGAGCCCGGCGCGGCCCCUGUGGAGCCCGAGGAAGGAGAGCGCGACCCGGGGCCCUGACGGUCCCCUCCGCCCUCGGCAGGAUGAAGUUAAAGGAAAUAGACCGGACCGCCACACAGGCAUGGAGCCCUGCCCAGUGUCAUCCCGUUUACCUGGCUACAGGAACAUCUGCUCAGCAGUUGGAUGCCACAUUUAGUACCAAUGCUUCCCUGGAGAUAUUUGAAUUAGACCUGUCUGAUCCAUCAUUGGAUAUGAAAUCUUGUGCUACUUUUUCUUCUUCCCAUAGGUACCACAAAUUGAUUUGGGGACCUCAUAAGAUGGAUUCCAAAGGACAUCUUUCUGGAGUCUUAAUUGCAGGGGGUGAAAACGGCAAUAUUAUUAUGUAUGAUCCUUCCAGAAUCAUCGCUGGAGACAGUGAUGUUGUGAUUGCCCAGAACAACAAACACACAGGGCCUGUGAGAGCCUUGGAUGUGAAUGUUUUCCAGUCUAAUCUGGUAGCCUCUGGGGCUAAUGAGUCUGAAAUCUACAUUUGGGAUUUAAAUAGUUUUGCAACUCCCAUGACACCUGGAGUCAAGACACAGCCCCCAGAAGACAUCAGCUGCAUUGCCUGGAACAGACAAGUCCAGCACAUUCUAGCUUCAGCCAGUCCCAGUGGCCGGGCUACUGUUUGGGACCUUAGAAAAACUGGACCCAUCAUCAAAGUUAGCGAUCACAGUAACAGGAUGCACUGUUCGGGAUUGGCUUGGCAUCCUGAUGUUGCCACCCAAAUGGUUCUUGCUUCUGAAGAUGACAGAUUACCUGUGAUUCAGAUGUGGGAUCUUCGGUUUGCUUCCUCCCCACUCCGUGUUUUAGAAAACCAUGCAAGAGGAAUCCUGGCCAUUGCCUGGAGCAUGGCAGAUCCUGAGUUAUUGCUGAGCUGUGGAAAAGAUGCCAAGAUUCUCUGCUGCAACCCCAACACAGGAGAGGUGCUAUAUGAACUUCCCACCAACACUCAGUGGUGCUUCGAUAUUCAGUGGUGUCCCCGAAACCCAGCCCUCCUCUCAGCUGCUUCCUUUGACGGACGCAUCAGUGUUUACUCCAUCAUGGGAGGAAGUUCCGAUGGCCUGCGGCAGAAGCAGGUAGACAAGCUCUCAUCAUCUUUCGGGAACCUCGAUCCCUUUGGCACAGGGCAGCCCCUCCCUCCUCUUCGACUUCCUCAGCAAAGUGCUCCGCAGACCGUGGUGCUGCCUUUGAAGAAGCCGCCAAAGUGGAUCCGCAGGCCUGUGGGGGCUUCAUUUUCGUUUGGAGGCAAGUUGGUGACAUUUGAGAGCAUGAAGCCGCAGCCCGGAGCGGAGCAGCAGCAGCUUCAGCGCCACCAGGUGCAUGUCAGCCAGGUUGUCACAGAGAAGGAAUUCCUCUUGCGCUCCGAUCAUCUCCAGCAGGUUGUACAGUCACAGGGCUUUGUCAGCUACUGCCAGAAGAAAAUCGAGGCUUCACAGACUGACUUUGAGAAAAACGUCUGGUCUUUUUUGAAGGUAAAUUUUGAAGAUGAUUCUCGUGGAAAAUACCUUGAACUUUUGGGAUACAGGAAAGAAGACCUGGGAAAAAAGAUUGCUUUAGCUCUGAAGAAAGGAGAAGGGCCUGAGCUGGUCCUGAAAGAUGCUGACCAGCUGGCAGCAAGUGAUGGCCAAGAGAGUCAUGCUGGAGAAGAGAACUUUUUUGGAGAGAGUACCAAAGAGGAAAAUCGAGAGACUGAAAUUUCUCUGUCACCUGGAGGAACAUUUAACAUUUCUGUCAGUGGAGAUAUUGAUGGCUUAAUUACGCAGGCUUUGCUGACUGGUAAUUUUGAAAGUGCAGUUGACCUUUGUUUACAUGAUAACCGCAUGGCAGAUGCCAUUAUAUUGGCCAUAGCCGGUGGACAAGAGCUCUUGGCUCGAACCCAGAAAAAAUACUUCGCAAAAACUCAAAGCAAAAUUACCAGGCUGAUCACAGCAGUGGUGAUGAAAAAUUGGAAAGAGAUUGUUCAGUCCUGCGACCUUAAGAACUGGAGAGAAGCUUUAGCUGCUGUGUUGACUUACGCUAGGCCAGAUGAAUUUUCAGCUCUUUGUGAUUUGCUAGGCACCAGGCUGGAGAAUGAAGGUGAUCCUCUCCUGCAGACCCAGGCGUGUCUGUGUUAUAUUUGUGCUGGGAACAUAGAGAAACUCGUGGCGUGUUGGACUAAAGCUCAGGAUGGGAGCAGCCCUUUGUCCCUUCAGGACCUGAUUGAGAAGGUUGUCAUCCUCCGAAAGGCUGUGCAGCUCAGCCAAGCGUCUGACGCUAAUGCCAUUGGGGCCCUUCUGGCCGAGAAGAUGAGCCAGUAUGCCAGUCUGUUGGCAGCCCAAGGCAGCAUUGCUGCAGCUCUGGCUUUCCUUCCUGCCAACACCAGCCAGCCCAAUAUUGUGCAGCUUCGCGACAGAUUGCGCAGGGCCCAAGGUGAGCCUGCGUCAGAGCAGGGAGCAGCUUCUCGGACGCUCUGUGACAGACAACACGUGUCCAAGGGAGGACCUGGGCCUGCUGUGGCACAGACGCAGGUGCCACGGGCCCCAGCCCAGCAAUAUUGUCCUCAUGUUAGAAUUGCCCCUACUGUCACUACCUGGAGUAACAAAACUCCUACUGCCCUUCCCAGCCAUCCACCUGCAGCCUCUCCCUCUGACACACAGGGAGAAAAUCCUCCACCUCCAGGUUUCAUCAUGUCAGGACCCGGUAAUCCCAGUAUGGCAGCUCCACAGCCCACCCCGUCUGGCCACAUGUAUGCACAGGUACCAGCUUAUCCACAGCCACAGCCCUAUCAACCAGCCCCACAGUAUUCAUUCGGAACGGGGGGACCAGCAAUGUAUCAGCCACAGCAACCCACCCCCCUUCCUGCUUCGAAUGCUUACCCUAAUCCUCCUUACAUGCCCUCUGCUUCCUCCCAUUCUGGGCAGUCUCCACUCUAUGCAGCCCAGCACCAGACCUCUCCAAAUACUCCCAGCUCUGUGUCUGCUUUUCCUCCUCCCCCUUCCGGAGCGUCCUUCCAGCAUGGCGGGCCAGGCGCUCCACCGUCCUCUACUGCUUAUGGCCUGCCUCCGGGAUCCACAGGUACACUGCCUGCUGCCAGUGAGCUGCCUGCGUCCCAAAGAACAGAAAAUCACUCUACUCAAGACCAGGCAUCUAUGUGGGAAGGACCUCAGAAUGGUUGGAAUGACCCUCCAGCUUUGAACAGAGUUCCCAAGAAAAAGAAGAUCCCUGAAAACUUCACACCGCCUGUGCCCAUCACCUCGCCAAUCAUGAGCCCCCUGGGCGACCCUCAGUCGCAGAUGCAGCAGCAGCAGCAUCCGCCCUCUGUUCCAGCACCACUGUCAGGACAGGCUCCGUUCCAGCAGCCGCACCUCUCCGGGAGCCAGCCCACCCUGCAGAGCCCCUUCCCUGGCAUGCAGCAGCCCCUGCAGCCCGCCAUCCCACCAGCUUUCUCAAAGCCUAGUGCAGAGGGGGCCCCAGGAGCGCCUAUCGGAAAUACCAUCCAGCAUGUGCAGUCCUUGCCAACAGAGAAGAUCACCAAGAAGCCCAUUCCAGACGAGCACCUCAUUUUGAAGACCACGUUUGAGGAGCUCAUCCAGCGGUGCCUUGCCUCUGCCACGGACCCGCAAACGAAGAGAAAGUUAGACGACGCCAACAAGCGUCUGGAAUUUCUCUAUGAUAAACUUAGAGAGCAGACGCUUUCCCCAACAAUCCUCAAUGGUUUGCACAACAUUGCAAGGAGCAUUGAAACUCGGAACUACCUGGAGGGACUGAAUAUCCACACGCACGUCGUGAGCAAUAGCAACUUCAGUGAGACGUCGGCCUUCAUGCCGGUGCUUAAAGUGGUUCUCACCCAGGCUAAUAAACUGGGAGUCUGAGCAACAGCCUCCCUGCAGCCCUCAAUGCCCCUCUUUGAGGAAGCCUCGCACCUCCCCCAAAAGUUAUAAGCUGCAGAGCGGGCACCAGGUCUCACUAGCAUGCUUCCAUGGCGAUCCAGUGGAGAGCCUUCACGUCCUUGUGGUGAUAAACUCACUUUGGAGUGGCACCAGGGCCCUGUGCUUUUCUUUAGUUUAAUCUCUUCUUGCCCAUAAUGAUUCCUCUUAUCUGCAGAUAGUAGAUUUCAUGGGUUAUUCAUAGGAUGAUCUACUAAAGUAAAUACUGUACUAAUAAAAUGGUUUUUAAUGCUUUGAUGUGCUGUUUUAAAAAGAGCAUUGAGUUAUGCAUUAAGCAGAGGUAAGACCAAUUUUAUUCCAUAUUCCCCCACUUCCUCGGUAUCAACCAGAUUUUAAAAGUAUAAUCUUACCUUAUGUGUAUGUAGUGUUUAGUUUUUUAUUGUACCCCAGUAUUUAGUUUAAUCUCACUUUUGGAGAGGAGAAAACAUUAUUUUGGAUCACAGCAAAUAACCAAAAUCCAGAAGAUACUACCUGGGUUACAGUACAUAGGAACUCAUUAAACUAUACUUCUGUUAAGAUGUCAAAGAUCUACAGUUCCAUCCAUGUGAGUGCUUGGUUUAGUGGUGUGGACGAAACUUCUUCGUGCCUGGCUGAAGAGUUUGUUGUGAUGGACAAAACAAAACCAAACCAUCCCAUGGUGGUCAGCCCUCACAUGGUGAGUCACUCUAAGCUCCGCUAGGCUGGGCCUGAAGUGACUGACAGACAUUGACAUGGACCUUAAGGAGUUAAGAAUCCAUCUCACAUCAAGAGCUAUUGAAACGUAUCUCUGGACUUUGAGAAUUCUUGGUCCCAAAAUAAGUAUUGCUAAUAAACUUUGUUCAGAUUCUCAA